GGGAGCGGGUCCCGCCGAGGCGGCCAUGGCGGCUCUGCGCUGCCUCUUGCUGCUGCUGUGCGGCGCAUCCCUGGGGCCCGCCGUGCACCUCGACUUCGCCGAGCACCGCAGCCAGGCGGCCAAGAUCAAGGUCAACCCCCGCGGCAACCUCUGGGCCACAGGCCACUUCAUGGGGAAGAAGAGUGUCACGGGCACUCCGCGCCUGGAGUCACCAGAAGAGCCUGCAGUGCCGAUGGUUUUUGGUCCCUCGCUCAGAGCCUUGCUGGAGGACAUGAUGGAACUGCUUACCCGUGAGCUCCUGAAAAUCCUCCUGCAAGAAAGACUUUUGGAUGAGAACCAAGGAAAAUAUGACCUCACUGAUCAGGAGACUGGGCUUUUGACAAAGGUGCUGGAGAAGUAUUUUUCAAACUGAAGGAGCAGAGCAGUGGAGGAUGGAGUCUGUAGGCUUGGCCAUGCACGGCAAACGGAGGAGAUCAUAAUCCUUGUGGGUUACUGUAGCAACAUCACUUUUUAUUUAUUCUUUCUGUAAUACUGUUAAUAGUGAUUGCUUGUAUGAAAAGCAGAGCCACCCUGUAUAUUUCCUGUAUGUUUUCUGCUUUCUUGAUAUCUGAUGUGCCCCUGCAAAUAAAAUUAGCUCUUUGCA